AUGGCUGGCGAAACACCAGAAAAGGGUGACAAAGUCUCCUGGAACUGGGGUGGUGGUGCGCCCGGCGGCACGGUAGCCGAGACGAAGACCGAGGGCGAAAUCGCCAUCAAGUCCAAAAAGGGCAACACCAUCAAGAAGAACGCCGACCCGGGCAAUCCCGCCGUGCACGUUGAGCGAUCCGGCAAUGAUGUGGUGAAGAGGGCUUCCGAGCUCAACGUUGAAGAGAAGGCGUCCGGCAACAAGGGCAAGAGUGGCAGUGGGCAGAACGGGAAACGCAAGGCAAAGAGCCAGGAUUCAGAGGAGGGAGGCGAGGACAAAGAGGCGGACGAACCUCAUACGACCAAUAAACAGGGGAAGGAGGUGAAGAAGGGCGGGAAGGCGGCUAAUAAGAAGCAGAAGAAGCAGGAGGAGGAAGACGAUACUGAAGAUCCGGAGAACCAGGAAGAGGAGGAAGAUGACGAGGACGAGGAGCAGGAAGAUGAGGAGGAUGACGAGGACGAGGAGGUGACGGAAGAGAAGCCCAAGCGAGGCAACAAGAAUACUGGUGAGAAGUCUGAACCGAACGGGUCCGAGAAAGAAGGCAAGAAGUCGAAACAGAAGUUAGCCGGCAGGCCAAAGAAGAGUGCGGCACAGCGUAAGGAUGGGGACCUCGUUAGUACGCGGACACGGAGCCAGAAUAAGAAAACGUGA